AUGGACCCCAUCCCAGCCGGAUUACUUCCGCAAUCAGAUGAUGACAAGUUCCUUUCCUGUUCUCACGAAGAGCGAUGGAACCACCUCAAGCCAGUCAUUGUCGAGCUUUACACGGGAAGAAACGGAGGAAAUGAGCGAUCGGCAACCCUGGACCAGGUGGUUGAGUUCAUGAGGACCCAUUACUCCUUCCAUGCGGCGUGCUCCGAGUAUCCACCGCGAUUCCGACUCUGGGGCGUUGGUAAGCGCAUGGUGAAAGAGGACAAGGACGCCAUCAUUGGUGCUCUCGCCAGAAGAAAACGACCUGCAGCGAGCAUGUCCGACGCCACUACCCAGCACAACGGUCAAAGUAAGGCGCUUGAUCACAAAAAGUUGAAAAGGCAUUUGAUGAGCAUGAAGGCCUGUCUCGAAGUCGCCCCAGGCUUACUGUCAUCAUGGAACCUCCCUUACGCGGCCCUUGUUGCCUCCCUGCCCAAGAACCCGGACGAACCCUCCCCGUUCGGACCUCUUGGCCCAACUCCAGACUACUUGCACAUCAAAAGUCCCGAGGAACCCAGUCCCGGUCGUGAGACAGCCGGCCCAUCACCAAAGAUGCAGCUUGUGUAUGAGAAGCACAAAGAGCACUGUACGAGCCUCUUUCUCCAAGGGCACCUCAAGCAGCUCUUGAUUGAUAUGCGCAAAGAAGACCGCAGAACAAUGGUCAACUACUUCCAUGACUUUUACAUGAACGGCUUGAUCCUGGCGAAGAAUUGGAAUCAGGAAUUAUUGAACCCAAUUCCAACACGAGCACUCGCCCUCACACCCCAAAUAUCGAAUCCAUGGACGCCGUCUGCAUUUCUGAAUCUUUCUUCCGGGCCCUCAUCUCCCGAAGUCUCCAAUAUUUCCUGCCCCCCGACACAGCUUUGUAAAUGGUCGAUCCAUGUAAAGUCCACCAAUCAUGUCUCAUACGGCAACGUGACACCGACCUCAUUUAUCGAAUCUCUGCACCAAUCUAUGGCUUCGAAUGACUUUACUACCACACCGAAAGCAGACCUCCCUCUCGCCCAGGACAUGAUUGCAAAGUCUUUGGAAGGGAGCCCAAGCCCUCUUCGUCUGGAUGCCUGGAAGCUGGCAAUAAUGGCAGGAAAUGUGGGCCUUUUGUUCGAGCUCUAUCGAGGCAACGAUAAUCGGUCGCGUCGAGGAAUCGAGGCUAUUUAUCCUUUCCACCUUGCCGCUGCAUUCCUGGAUGGCGGCAACGAAUGCUGCGGGAUGUUUACUGCCUUAUCCAAGAUCCUUCCCCCCCCCUUUACUUUUUCCCACAACAUUGAUGAUCUUGGGCAUACAAUUCUGGAUGCUCUGGUUGUGUCUAUACUUCGCUCCCACACUAGUGUUCACCCGGACGAUGUCAGCUACGGAUUUCAGUCACCCAACCGAUUUCCUGGGGAGGAAAAAGACAUCUGCGGUAGAUGGGAUGCAAGUAGUUCGAAUGUCCGCGAGCUCUUCAAACAAGGAUAUGCUCGGAUCCCUGCCAAAUGGAAACAUCCCUUCUGCCACACAGCUGUGCAAGCCGUUUGUCACAGCAUAAUUGCCAUCUUUGCAUCACCAACCUCCCCGAACAUCAACGCGCAGAGCGGAUUGUUUGUGCGUCGUUGUACAACAUGUGGCCUGGAGCUCAAACUUGGGCCGCUUCAUACUCUUGUCGUUGCAGCCUUUUACCUGGCGCAGUCGGGAAUGCCAGAGGAGACUUUGUUUGGAGCACUUGCGGUAAUGGUGUGCCUUAUUACCCUCGGCGCAGAUGUUUCCGCGAAGGUGAAUGUUUCUGUUGCGGAGAUUUUGAAGUUUCCAGAUGACGGGCAGUGUCGUCACACGGCCUUGUCUCCGCUUGAGCUCAUGAAGGCUGUCCCGGGAGAUGUCGUUGAAGCUUGGAGCGAAAAGUGCCGUACUGGCUGGAGUUGUCUCAUUCAAGUGUUUGCCCUUGCCGUAGCGGAAAAGCGUCAAAAACCAAGCAGCCCUCAACAAAGAAGCUCCAUGAGUCCACCGGUGAACGGGUGCCUAGGGACACCAGUUUCAGUCGUCGGCAAGUCCUCGGAUGUUGACUCGUGCGACAUAGAAUUCGAACGAAGAAUUCACAAUUACUGGCUUGAGCUCCCAUGCACCGGUCCACGAAUCGGCCUCCUCUGGGCCUCGAUUCAGACCGAGCUUCUUACCUACCGUAGGUUGAGCGAGGGAGAGGGUUGGGUGUCUGAGAAUUUUUCUAUGGACGCACUCAAGGCGUGGCUAGAAGGACACUCCUCAGAGUUUUCAACGCCUCUAGUCCAAAACCAGAUGUUCAAAGCGCAUACCCGCUGUGGAUGGUUCAAUCAUGCUCCUGACUUCCUCUUCCCAAAUGCUGAGGAAGUCUGUGCAGAGUACUUUAUGAACAUGGAUGUCUAUGGCAGGGCAUCAUACAUCCGGCAGCCUGACCUACUUGGAUCUUUCAGGAUCUUAGAAUAUAUGAGAGAAAAAACAGGUCGAAAAUACGGGGAAAUGCACCGGGCGGAUUGA